AUGGUGCUACGAAUGGCAAAACUCACUGAGGCCGCCAACUACGAUGUCGGCGAAACGUCUGGGAAUGUACCACGACUACGGUCCGACUUUGGAAAUGAUUAUGCAUACAAUGGACUCCUGACAAGUCUGACUUAUCGGCACCAGCUUCGGUAUUGCCACUGGCACUGCGACUGUGACAGAGGGGUAAGGCUACCGCCCGACAUACACCACCCCAGUUCGAAUCCCGUUGUGAGGUUGAAACCUCGCUCCAGCCUGGAUGGGCAAGCCUAUUCUGAUGCAAAGCCUUUCGAGGCUAUCUACCCAUUUCAAUGA